UCUUGUAAGCUUCCUUUCGUAAGGGUGGGAAGCAAGUCGCCCUUCAGUACAGGCAGCUGAAAGCCUGAAACUCACUAGAAGGCUGCUAGCAGCCGUGUCCGAACCAAGUCACCAUAGCAUUCCUAUGGCACCGGAUCAGCCCGGAGCUGUGCAGUCAGCUGUGAGAGACAAGAAGCCGGGCUUUCCAUGGGAGGCUGCUGAGAAGCAGUUGAAUUGCUUCGUAGGUGCCGUUGCUCUCAUGGAGAGGCUGGGCAACGGCCUCGGCACGCUGGCCUUCACAUGGGCGACCGUCGUCGUGCUCGGCGGGUUCUCGACGAACCUAGGCCAGGAUUUCUGGUAUGCAACUGCGAUCGUCUUCCUCGAGGCUUUGAGGGUGUUCAGCCGUGAAAGCAGAUCUGAUGAUGAAUUGUUAUUCAAAACCACGGGGAGUAUUAGAUUGAAACGGGUGAAGCUUACACGCGGCAUACCAUAUUAUUUGACUGUAGGGAUUGUGAUGGUAUGCCUGUAUGGUACCCUGGAAUUUACCCUCCGUCACUAUGGCUACCUUCCACGUCCACCCCUACAACUGCAAUAUCACUGCCUUUUGUUGACCGCGUUACUAGCAUUAGCGAGCAUGGCAAAAGUUCCCACAAUUGCCGCAUACGUGAAAGAUCACGCGUUUUUGCAGUCUAGUGCCUUAGUUGCAGUCCUAGCACUCGGUGGUGCAAUGUUAUGGUCCCAUACUCCUAAGCGACAGGCAGUGCUGGUUAUCCCACCUCUGUUUGUUGGAUGCUUACAGUACAGCGCAGUAAAGGCAAUAAGGGCCCUUGUUUCAAAAGAACAACAGGCGAUAAAGGUCUGCCUGCAAAAGUUAAACAUCCAUGUUUCUUCUCCUCCCCCUUGGCUCCGCACACUGGGUGCUUUGAUACUCCCUGCGUGGAUAGUAGUUUCCGUGCUGGUCGAGUUUGGUGCUAUGGGCAUCCUCAUACUGUUAGGUACGCUGCUUCUAGGCAACAUCCAGAUUCCAGUGGCCUUGGCACGCAUCGUACUCUCGUCAAUGCGCCUGGCUACUAGCAACGAUAACCACCACGACACCAGUAACGAACACCUUGCACCAGCGCUGACCAUCUUCUAUUCCAUGGUGCUUGGCCAAGGGGCACUGUAUCUAGCGGCAUGCAUACUUGAGACACUGUUCUCCUACCGUGUCCGGACGUCACUGGCAAAGAGCUGUGGCCUCGCAUAUACCAAGGGAUAUGACUCCAUCAAUCUAUACUACGAGCAUGCCUACAACAAGCGCAUGGAAGAGGGCGUGCUUGCCCAAGAGGACCUGAUCCUUGUUAGCUUCUCCUUCAACUCCCUCAACUCCAACUCAAGCGACAAGAAGCUCGCCUCGGUCCGGAUUCUGCACUCCCUCCUCCUACAUCUGCAGGGUGCCUCCAACACAGGACUCGUCUCAAAGAUCACCAUCUCCACCAAGGUGGUAGCCUCUUUGAUCGGCACGCUGGGCUGGACGGCUCCAGAAGACCAAGGUAUCAGUAUUAGGCUAUACGCUGCGAAGGUCGUUGCUGUGCUAGCUGUAGAUCUCCGGAUUGUUGGGAUCCCUGGCACAAUCCAGAUGGUAUCCUCUCUUCUUGAUGACGUUGAUGCUAAAAAUCAAUUCGUGAAAGAAGACAGUCCAGACCAGACAGAGGAUAUCAAUGAAGAGAUAAACAAUAGUAUGUUGCCUGGUCUACAGGAAGGAAAGGAGUCCCAUAAUGAUGAGGAUUUGUUCCCUGUGCUGGGGAUGCUAAUCCUUGAAAGUCUUGCUCGCAAUCUUGAUAACUGUGCUGAAAUCAGCAGAGCAGUAGGUCUCAUCCCGAAGGUCAUAGGAUUCAUGAGCUAUGCCACAGACACAACAAAUACCAGCAAGGCACAACAGAAACUGAUUAUGACGUCAUCAUUGAAGUUGGUUGCAAAGCUUGCAAGCACCGAAGGGGAAACUGGUACGGUACUCCGGCAAAAAAUCUCAGGGCAACCCCUCCUAUUGAGUAAUCUCGCAGAGAUCUUGGAGGACAGCAGCGGCCGCUCAGAACAAUGGAAGCCGACAAUGGUUAUUCUUUCCAAGCUUGCUGUUGAUGAGGAAAUAAGUCAGGAGAUUGGGAGCUUCCAAGUGAUUAUCCCUAAGUUGGUGCAUGCAUUUCUUGGUACAGAUGAACACUCUCUGCAGAUGGUGGCAGCGGAAGCACUGUCAAAUCUGUCAAUGGAGAAUACUAGCAACUGCUUGGCUAUCUUGGAGGAAACAGGGUAUGAGCUUAUUUGGCGUCUCAAGAACAUGCUUCUGAAUGAUGAAUACACAUAUAUCGCAGCAAGUCUGCUGCAGAAUCUCUGUGCACAUUCCAGAGACAAGCUGCGCCAUCAAGGAUCAAGCGAGCACCUAUCGUUUGCCUUGCAAGUGGUGUUGGAGAAAAUUAUGCAUGCCAAGGGCAAGCAACUGGAGGCCCUUAUUGGCCUCGCUUCACAGAUUUAUAAUGUCAUCCCUGAACACUGUAUCCACGUGCUAGAUUCGCAAACCAAUGUUACAGGACUUGUUCAAAAGCUGGUGAGGGCACUCAACUCCAAUAAGAAACCGAGUUCCGAAUACCCAAGGAUGAGAAGGGUUAUUGUUGAGAUGGCAAUAUUCAUUGUGGAAUCAUGUCCUCGCUACGCAACCAUCUUCAGAGAACAAGGCAUGAUGGAAGCACUGUCAAAGGUUGAGAGGACCCCAACCAGACUGGAGAAGUAUAGGAUCUUCUUCGGCGAUGUGGGAGUGGUUGCAGAGAGCGGCUUACCUCUGCAUGACCUAGUGGCCAGAGCAAAAGGGCUGAUUGGCUUUGCAACUCCAUCUCCGGAAGCAUUCAACCAGGUGACCGUGAAUGAUUCAUCAUCACUGGCACUGUGCAUAUCUAUUGAUUACUGAUGGUACAUGCAGGCUAUGGUCAUAUUGUAGUGGUGUGCUGGAGCGAGGCAGAUCGACCAUAUAGUUUUCUUUGUGAUCAGCAAAUGUAAUA